GCCUAAUCAUGAGAUUAGAUUAAGAUGCAUGUGGGAAGACGCUUUGGGCGCUUCAAGUCUAGUCUGUGUCUAUCAUUUACAUGUCGGACCCUCCUCAACGAUGUGGGAUGCGGGAUACUUGCGGAAGCAAGAGUAUAUUUGGUAAACAGCUUCCUUGUCCUUAUGAUGGUCCACCGAAAGAGCCCUCCACAUCCACGCGAAAUGUUCUACGAAGAGUUUGCGGUCCAGAAUUUAGCUCUGGGCCUGUAUGUUGCACCCACGACCAGCUCAUAACUCUUGAGGACAACUUUCGAAUUGUGGACAAAAUUGUCUCAGCUUGUCCAGCUUGCAAGAACAACUUUCACGAUUUCUUCUGCAAGUUCACUUGCUCACCCAAUCAAGGCUCAUUUCUCAACGUUACAUCCACACAGACUACGAAUAGCGACCAGAUUGCUGUCAAAUCUGUCGACUUUUAUGUUGGACCUCAGUUCGGUCAGGGUUUCUUCGAGAGUUGCAAGGACGUCAAGUUCGAUGCUAGCAACGGAUAUGCAAUGGAUUUUAUAGGUGGAGGAGCUAAGAACUACCACGACUUCUUCAGGUUCCUGGGAGAAGAAAAGGACCUGGGGAGUCCAUUCCAGAUCAACUUUCCAUCCACUUCGACACCAUCUUUUACGCCGCUCAGUCCUUCACCGAGGAAUUGCAGUGAUAAUGACUUGGCCUCUCGGUGUACCUGCAUCGACUGUCCUUCUAUUUGUCCUGUUCUCCCAGACCUUCCGGACGUAGGCUCGGCAUGUCACGUCGGCUUACUAUCUUGCUUGUCCUUCACCCUGAUUCUCACAUAUUCGAUUGCCGUAGUGGGCUUCAUCCUUGGUUUCCUUAUCCAAGGGACCAUCCGCAAACGUCGAGAACGUCGUUACGAGCGCCUAGCUUUGUCCGGUGAAACUCCAACCUCACCACGCGCACUCGUCGGUGCUGCUUCACUAGACGACCAUCAUGCAGAUCUUGCUCGAGGUCUCAUUGACCCUGUAGAAACGGUACAACCAAAGCAGUACAAACUCAACACGCUUCUUCGUAAAUCUUUCUACAAACUCGGUUUCAACACUGCUACAUACCCCAUGCUCACCUGCGCGGUGGUUUUCACAUUCAUUGGUCUCAUAAAUGUUGGCUGGACGAAAUUCGACAUAGAAACAGACCCUGUCCGGCUUUGGGUCGCGCCAAAUUCAGAAACACGAGUACAGAAAGAUUUCUUCGACGAGCAUUUCGGGCCAUUCUAUCGUCCUCAGCAAAUUUUUAUUACCUCUACCGACCAAGAGAACCACCCAGUGUUAUCCUUUGAGCAUUUACAGUACGUAUCCGAACUCGAGAAGCACAUUCGGCACAAACUCGUUUCUUUACCCAACAACCUCACGCUCAAUGACGUGUGCUUCUCUCCAGCAGGUCCAGGGUCGCCAUGUGUUGUACAAAGCGUUAUGGGAUGGUUUGGUGGUAGUUUAGAUGGUUACGAUGAAAACACGUACAAGGACAGGAUAGAGAGGUGCGCGCGGAGCCCGGUAGAAUGUUUGCCUGACUUUGGUCAACCCUUGGCGCCACACUAUGUUCUUGGUGGAACGCGCGACGCGAACCUCAACACCUACCUUGAUGCUCCAGCUUUAGUGAUGACCGCUGUCCUAUCUUCGUCACUGAGCCCGCCUGAUCCGGAACAGCAGCAAACUUUCGAACGCGCUGCUGAGGAAUGGGAACGAACUUUGCGCGUCUUCCUCGAAGAAGUGAAGAUACGAGCGCCAACGGAAGCUGGGUUAAAUGUGGAUUUUAGCACUGGUGUCAGUUUGGAAGAGGAAAUCGGGAAAGAAGGAAACACAGACGUGAGGGUUGUGGUGGGGAGCUAUAUAGCGAUGUUUUUGUAUGUCGGGCUCACGUUGGGUGGAGGUGGAAGUUGGCCGAGUAGUACUCGGCGUGCUUCUCCUAAUAAUGCCAAUCGUUGGAGGCUCCACUGGCGCGCAGCAAUCUCGUGGUUACGAAGCUACACCUUGACCUCGCACACACUUCUGGCUCUAUUCUCGCUUGUCCUGGUCCUUCUAUCGAUCAGCACGUCCGUUGCGCUGUUCUCCUUAGUGGGUGUUAAAGUGACUUUGGUAAUUGCAGAGGUUAUACCGUUCUUGGUACUCGCAGUAGGAGUGGAUAAUGUUUUCCUAUUAAUGGGAGAGCUGGAACGUGUGGAUGCAGUGCAUGGAUUAUAUGCAGGGAACAGCAACGUUUUGAAUAGACCUGGUAAUUGGGGACAUAGAGGUCGAGGCAACGAAAGGAAUGUUGCUGCUGAUGAGGAUGAUGGUAUUGCGGAAAACGGAGAUGCUGAAGCUCGCAUGAUGUCGCCCACACGAACUACUCAUUCUUCACGACAUUUUCCUAAUCCAUCCCGACAUAAUCAUCAUACAUCCUCACUCUCCUCCUAUUCAUCUGCCCCCUCUUCUGCGUAUCCAAAUCCAUCAUAUUUACCUCCGCCUGCUCGUAUCGCAUUGACCCUGUCUUUCAUCGGGCCAUCAAUACUACUUUCUACACUCGCUGAAUCAGUAGCGUUUCUUCUUGGUGCAUUGGUGCCGAUGCCCGCUGUGCGGAAUUUUGCAUUGUAUGCAGCGGGCGGGGUGAUGAUCAACGCUCUUCUCCAAGUCUGCUUAUUGGCCGGCGUCGGGAUGGGGCUGGAUGCAAGGAGGAUUGAAGCAGGAAGAAUGGAUUGCAUACCGUGUAUCAGUCUGCCUGGCCAGAUAUCUCUUCCUGGGGACGAAGACGACAGAGAUACCCUGAACGAACAACAGACUUCUCCUGACAGGUCCAAUUUCAAUUCCGACCACGGCCCGAGUUAUGGUGCUUUUGGUGCUUACGGUGAAAGCCUAACAAGAGGAGGAAGCGUCAGUGGUUCAGGACCACCAGGUUGGUUGGGAAAAUUCUUCAGAAGAUAUUAUGCACCGUUCUUGCUCAGACCUGUAGUGAAAGCCGUGGUUUUGAUCGUGUUCGGAGGCAUAUUUGUUGCGGGUAUCAUUGGAAUGCAAGGAAUCGAGUUGGGAUUAGACCAGCGGCUGGCGCUACCCGCUUCUUCUUAUCUUGUGUCUUACUUUGACAAAAUGGACCAAUAUUUCGAUGUUGGCCCGCCGGUGUACUUUGUCGUUCGAGAUGUAGAUGUUACUCGGAGAGAUGGUCAACAAAAAUUGUGCGGAAGGUUCACGACUUGUGAAAAAAUGAGUUUGAGUAAUAUACUGGAGGCAGAGCGUACAAGAGAUCAGAGUCAAACCAAAGUGCUAUCAACCCUUUCCUCUGAACUUCAAUCAGACCCAUUAUUUGUUGGUUCAUCUGAACUCUCGUUACUGUCCGCUUCCCAGUCAUCUUCCCACCUUGCAGACCCUGCUGCUUCUUGGAUUGAUACUUUCUUUGCCUGGCUCGACCCCGAAAUGGAUACCUGUUGUCGCGUGCGGAAACGGGAUCCAUCUGUACUAUGUCGGCCGCGUGACGGUGCACGUCUAUGUAGACCGUGCUUCGAGGACCGGGAUCCAAGCUGGAAUGUUACCAUGGAAGGGUUCCCGGAGGGCAAAGAGUUUGUACAGUAUGCAAAGUGGUGGCUUGCAAGUGAGGCUGGGGAGGAAUGUCCGCUUGGAGGCAGGGAAGGAUUUAGCGGCAGUGUAGCAUUUGGAAAAGGCCCGGAUGAUGAUGAGAUCGUGGCCUCUCAUUUCCGUACCUUCCACACUCCGCUGAGAUCACAAUCCGAAUUUAUCGCAUCUCUUUCCUCCGCACGCCGCAUCGCCGAAUCAAUAUCUGAAUCGACGGGUGUAGAUGUAUUUCCCUACUCCCCACAUUAUGUUUUCUUUGAUCAAUAUCUCACUAUCGCUUCCACAACACAGAUGAUUCUCGGCCUUGGCCUCCUAUCAACCCUCAUCAUAACGUCGACAUUCCUUGGCUCCUUACGCUCAGGUGGAAUAGUGACAGCCGUGACGGGCAUGGUGGUAGUGAGCGUUAUGGGUAUGAUGAGGCUAGAAGGAGUGAGUUUGAAUGCAAUCAGUUUGGUAAAUCUGGUAAUGGCAGAAGGUAUUGCGGUUGAAUUUUGUGUGCAUGUGGCUAGGGCGUUCAUGAGCGCUGGGUCUGGGUCUGGAUAUGGAUCGGCUACAGGCGCGGGGAGCGUUUGGGGUUUUGGUGCUGCAGAUCGAGCGAAAGGUCAGAAGGAAAGAGACGAGAGAAUGUAUAUAGGCCUUACAAGCGUUGGGCCUUCGGUACUUUCGGGAAUUACCUUCACGAAACUCAUCGGGAUGUGUGUUCUUGGACUCACGAGGUCUAAGCUGCUGGAGAUAUACUAUUUCCGUAUGUGGCUUACGUUGAUCAUUGCCGGAGCCCUGCAUGGGCUUGUCCUUCUUCCUGUUAUCCUGAGCAUCGCCGGAGGGGCAGCUUUUCCUGCUCAACAAGAAGCAGAUGAAGAGUGGAUGGCAAGUGCUAUAAGGAGCGGGUACGAAUACGCACCUUUCCUAGCCGAUGAUGAUUCUGUUGCUAGCGAUUGA